AAGUAUUUACUAUCACGCCCCCGUACCGUAACGUCUCCUCGGCGUCAGCAGCUCAACUCCAUGACGAUGGUGGUCAUGCUACGCCGCCUUGCUCUUUCCUGCUACCUCGCCGCCGCCCUUCUCCUCCUCGUGUUCCUCGACGCGCCGCUCACGGCCGCGCAGCCGCUGCCGUGGCAGCUGUGCAACGCCACCGCGGGGAACUACACGGAGGGCAGCGACUACCAGGCCAACAUACGCGUCCUCGCCAGCGCCUUCCCCAAGAACGCCUCCGCGUCCCCGGCCCUCUUCGCCAAGGGCUCUGUCGGCACGGCGCCGGACGUCGUCUACGCGCUUGCCCUCUGCCGCGGCGACACCAACGCCUCCUCCUGCGCGGCAUGCGUCACCACCGCCUUCCGGAACGCGCAGCAGCUCUGCGCCUUAAACAAGCGUGCCACCAUGUUCGACGACCCCUGCACCCUCCGCUACUCCGACCAGGACUUCCUGGCCAACGUCACCGACAACAGGGGGAGGUCGGGCGCAUUCAAUCCCAACAACGUCAGUGCGGCGUCCGCGGCGGCCUUCGACGCUGCCUCCGGCCGGCUCGUCAACGACACCGCCGACUACGCGGCGGCGGACUCAAGCCGGCGAUUCGGCACGGGGGAGGUGGGGUUCGACCAGACUUACCCCAAGAUUUACUCCCUGGCGCAGUGCACGCCGGACAUGUCGGCGGCUCAAUGCCGGAGCUGCCUCAGGGACAUCAUUGUCCAGUAUACUCCUCGAUAUUUCCUCGGAAAGCCGGGCGGGAGAAUAUUGGGCGUGCGGUGCAGCUUCCGGUUCGAGACGUACUCAUUCUUCGCUGGACGCCCACUGCUGCAACUCCCGGGCGCGCUGUCUCCUGCACCGGCGCCAGAGGCCACCACAGGAGAAGGAAGAAGAAGACAUAGGACAGGAUUGGUCUUGGCCAUUACACUGCCUACCGCUGCUGCACUAGUAUUUCUGAUUUCAGCGUGCGUUUGCUUUUGGAGGAGGAGCAAACUGGCAGCAGAAAGAAGAAAGCCGGCAGUACCAUUUGCAACAGAUUCAACUAAUCAGGAUGACAUCCAAAGCAUCGAUUGCCUCCUUCUUGACUUAUCGACCCUGCGGGCUGCUACAAAUAACUUCGCUGAAAGCAACAAGCUUGGCGAAGGAGGGUUCGGUGCGGUUUACAAGGGUGUCCUUUCUGAAGGUGGCCAGGAAAUAGCAGUGAAGAGGCUCUCGCAGAGCUCCAUGCAAGGAAUAGAAGAGCUGAAAACGGAGCUAGUUCUAGUCGCCAAGCUUCAGCACAAGAAUCUCGUCAGGCUCGUUGGUGUUUGCUUGGAGGAAACGGAGAAACUACUCGUGUAUGAAUACAUGCCGAACCGGAGCCUCGACACUGUUCUCUUCGAUGCCGAGAAUAGGGGAGACCUGGACUGGGGGAAGAGGCUGAAGAUCGUGAACGGGGUUGCUCGGGGCUUGCAGUACCUUCACGAAGACUCACAGCCAAGGAUCAUCCACCGGGACCUCAAAGCGAGCAACGUGCUGCUGGACUCGGAUUGGAACCCUAAAAUUUCAGACUUCGGUUUGGCGAAACUGUUCGGUUGGGACCAGUCGCAGGCCGUCACCAGCCACAUCGCUGGAACAUAUGGAUACAUGUCGCCGGAGUACGCGAUGCGCGGGCAGUAUUCGGUCAAGUCGGACGCCUACAGUUUCGGCGUUCUGGUCUUGGAGAUUAUCACGGGAAGGAAGAAUAGCAGCUUUGCCAACUCGGAGCAAUCCAUUGACCUCUCAAGCCUCGUAUGGGAGCACUGGACCAAGGGAACGGUCGAGGAGCUGCUGGAUCCGUCCUUGGGAGGCCGUUCUCCGGGAGACCAUUUGCUGAAGCUGAUUAAUAUUGGGCUGCUGUGUGUCCAAGACAACCCGGCGGACAGGCCGACCAUGUCGACAGUCAACGUCAUGCUCAGCAGCAACACAGUAUCUCUUCAGGCGCCGUCCAGGCCAACAUUCUGCAUCGACGAGAUGGAGGGUUUCUCGGGCAUGUACUCUACCGAGGGUAGCAAGCCCGAGGGGGUGUCAGUGAACGAGGUGUCACUCACGGAGCUCGAACCUAGAUGAUAUGAGGGCGUGAAAUUGAUUUCACUAUUAUUCCCUGUGCCUGGAUUCAUAGUUUAUCGCCUUUAAUUAACUGGCUAUAACUCUCCACGGUAAGAACGCAACUAUAAUAAUAAGUUGGAUUAUGUGCACCUUUGAGUGCAGAUAUCGAAUUCGGAUGUUUACCUUCUAUGUAUAAAAUGAUCAAUUUUGGGGGAGUGGUCUCUAUCUGGAGAUAUUUUAUUUAGAGAAUUAAAGUCCCACCUAAUAUCCAUGUGUUUCUUUGGUUAAUGGUACAUAACAAGAGUCUAAGUAGGGAUAAUCUGUCUAAACCCCAACAUGUGGAGGACCUGACAUGUGUCUAUUAUGGUGAAUCUGAAAGCAUCCACCACCUGUUUUUUGAGUGUGUGGUGGCCCGCCAAGUGUGGCCCGUGAUUUCUAAUUGUACUAAGAUGCCUGUUCCUGAAUCGUUUGAAUCUUUUAUUCCUUUUUGGAAGAAGAAAAAAAAUGCUAUGAUGCAAUUAACCUGGUCUCUGCUGCUACCUUAUGGAGCUUAUGGUUGCUUCGGAAUGAAUUUGUGUUUCAGGGGAGAAAAUGGCGAAGUAUCAAAUGUGUGCUGGACCUGGUGGGGAAGCAUAUCCAUCAAUGGAAAAUCCUGUGUGUGGACUCCCAAGUUGUGCUACUCCUCCAAUGCUUGAAGCUGCUCGACCAUCAUCGCGGGGAGUUGCUUAGGAUUGCGUGGCGUGUAGAUGGCCCUUGAGGGAUUAUAUAGCUCGUUGCUGCUUUGCUUUUCCCUGUAGGGGCCUGAGACUCAGUUCUGUUUUAUGUCAGACAUUUUAUUGUAAUAAUUCUGCUGCGGCUACUUUCUGGCCGGAGC